AACUGCUCUCUCUCUGUCUCUCUCUCUGUAGUCUGAGUUUAGCCAGAAGGUGUUUGCUGUAUUAGUGCUGGUUACACACUCUGCACUGAGCCACCGAGGGAACAGGAAGAGCAACUCAAGGCCAAGCUCACUUCUACUCACCUGAAAGCAGCUGCAAGGAACAACAUGGCGAACAGGGGUCCAGCUUACGGCCUGAGCCGCGAGGUUCAGAGUAAGAUUGAUAAGAAGUACGACCCAGAACUGGAGGAGAGGCUGGUGAAGUGGAUCGUCGCUCAGUGUGGCCCUGAAGUGGGGCAGCCUGAGCCAGACAAGACCGGCUUCCAACAGUGGCUCAAGGAUGGAUGUGUGCUGUGUGAGCUCAUCAACAGCCUGCAUGGAGCCAACAAGCCAAUCAAGAACAUAAAAACCUCCACCAUGGCUUUCAAACAGAUGGAGCAAAUCUCCAUGUUCCUCAAAGCUGCAGAAAGCUACGGAGUCAUCAAAACUGACAUGUUCCAGACUGUAGACCUUUAUGAAAGCAAGGACCUGGCUGCUGUCCAGAGGACCCUGCUGGCUCUGGGUAGUUUGGCUGUCACAAAGAAUGAUGGGAACUACAAAGGAGAUCCCAACUGGUUCCCCAAGAAAUCACAGGAGAACAGGAGAGAUUUUUCAGAGGAUCAGCUGAAUGAAGGCAGGAACGUCAUCGGCCUGCAGAUGGGCACGAAUCGUGGAGCUUCUCAAGCCGGUAUGACGGGUUACGGCCGGCCGAGGCAGAUCAUCAACAACCCCUGAAGAGGGAAGGAACCAUCCCAUCAGCAGGAACGCAGAAGCUGGGACUCUGACUUUGGCCAUGACGAGAAAAGUGAGCUUAAGACGAAACUGGACCAGAUUAGGGACCAAAGAAUGCCUUCUCAUUUGAAACGCGUAUCACAUAGAGACCUGAUGAUUCCUAAAGCCUGGUACAUUGUUGAUUUAAAGCUGCAUCCUGUGAACGACUAUUUUUAAAAGCAUUGUUGGGUUUCUGUGCAGAGGUUAUGAGCAGAUGCCAUCUCACCUCUUAAUGACUAUUCGUAAGUCUUCAAUUUGAUAAGCUGAAUAGAUUUCCCUGUAAAUUAGAAGAUCACUUGGUCCAUCUGAAAACAGUCAAUAAUUAACAAACCACUGUCCAUCACAGAACCCUCCUGCCAUUAAAGAAACCGCAAACAAUGUAAAACCAUUUUCCUUUCAAAACUCGACCCACUCUGCUGUAAUUUCUAAAAGUGAGGCUGCAAAAAGGAACAUGGUUUUUAGAGAAAAGACACAAAGGCUUCUGUUUAUA